UGCUAAUUUCUCUAUUCGUGAUCAAAAUAUACCAAUAUCCAAACGAAAAAAGGAUUUGGCAGAAAAUAGAAAGAUUUCAGAAGACAAUUUUUUUUCUUUAUAGUCAAUUUGGCAUCUGAGGCCCAAUUCAAAUACCAGAUCUUAACCGCUGGAAAGUUCGGACCAGAAGCCAGUGUCUCUCCGAUAGCGAUGACAAGACCCAUGGACCCUGCAAGCAAGAUUAGCGACGAAGAUUUAAACAGAUACAGGCCUUUGACGACGAACUUAUGUCGUGAUGAUCAUGACAAAGUAACCACGGGGACACCGCAACCCCAGACACAUCGCCUGCUCGAGAACCUCGAGGGAUGUGACUGGGAGCAGCUUGAGAAAAGAUAUACAGAUACGAUGCAGCACUACAGAGAAGCGGAGGCAGGUAUUCGCUCGCAGGUAACUGAACUGCUUGAGAUCUUCAUGGCCUGGUCACACGUAACAGUCCAGCAAGAUGAAACCCGAGCCUUUAAAAGGUUCAAAACCCAAACGCAACAUGUAGGAAUCUCAGAGGACGGUUUAGAAUCCAAGAAAAAACAUUACACUGAGGUUGUGAAGGCUUUCGAGAGUGCUCUCGCUCUACUUGACCACCAAUAAUGGAUUGAAAGAGGGUUGAUAUGUGGUGCCGUAUCUAUAAUGCCUUUAAUGCCAUGUCCUGCGUUUUCCUCUUUGUUCUCAUGAAGCAUUAUUUUAGCCUAUUUGCCCACAGCGAGCCCGUACCUGGU